CUGACGCGAUGACGUCACAAUCAUGACAGUCGUCAUUAAACAGAUGGGUAAGAGUUCCUUGUUUGUUAAAAAUUAUACGGCCAAACUAAGGGACCCAUUGACUGUCACCUCACAUUCACCAAAAAAUAAAACAAUGGAGAGAGAUCGUGGUUUCAACUUUAAACUGCUGGUGCCACCCAGAGUGAACCUUGGGCAGGUUUCUGAUGUUGGACGUCAGAAGGCUGUUGAGAAAAUUGGUGAUAAUAUGAAGACACAGGAGCGGGGUUAUGGUGUGUGUUUUGACAAAGAGCAAAAUAAGCCUUUGUCCAGUGCAAGUGUGGCCUCACUAACAAAACAAACAAGACAAGAACUCCCUAAGAUGAAAGCUGUACCACCAGUGGAAAAAAAUGAGCGUAACUACAACCCUGGACAACUUUGUGUCUCACUUUUUGAUGAGUUUGAAAAAAUUAAGUGUUGGAAAGUCAGGGCAGACUCCGACACGAUGCAGAUGGAAAUGCAACUCCAGGAAAACAAGAAAACCAUUGAAACUCAGCGCAAAGCCAUUCAAGAAUUACAGUUUGCAAAUGAAAGUCUCAGUAUGAAGUUGGAUGAACAGAUUAGUGAAAAUGAGGAUUUGAGGAACAGAGACAAUGCAACAAGGAACUUGUGUAGUAUUCUCAAAGACACCUUUCAGCAGUCGGCUGAAAAGAUGCAUUUGUUUGAGUCAGAGAGAGAGGAAACUCAGCACCUUUUAAUUGAAAACAAUGAGCGUAUUCAGAAACUGGUAUCAGCCUUUGAAAGUCUUCAAAUUCAAGUGGAAACUGAUCAACAAGAAAUGCAAAAAGUGAAAGAGAGCCUGCUGCAGUUUGAUGAAAUAAAAGAAAAAAUUUGUGAAGAAUAUAAAACAAAGGAAGAAGAGGUUGCUGUGCUGCAAUCAGAACUGGUGACAAAAGAAAAUGAACUCCAGAAAACUGUGUUUGAACUUCAAAAAACACAGGCUCAUUCUGAGCUACUUCAACUUGAAACAGAUCAACAACAUAAACUUCUAAAACAAAAAGAGAGUGAAAGGGAAACUCUGUUACAAAAGCUUCAAAUUGCUGAGCAGCUCCAUCAAGAAACUCAGAAAAAAUGUGACGCCAGUGUUGCAGCCCUGGAAAUCAAUAAAGUUGAAUAUUCACAGAUCCUUCAAAGCAGGGAAUUAAGUUUAAAAGAAUUGAACAAAAGUAGAAAUGAACAAGCAGAAAAGCAGAAGCAGCUUCAGACAAAAAUCGAAGAGCUCAAGGGUUCAUUGGCUUUGGAGAGGGAAAGAGCCACAGGACUUGAAGGUGAAGUCAGCGCAAAAGACAAGGAUCUGCAAAGAAAAAACAUUCUUUUAUCUGAGAUGCUGGAGCAGAGCACAAAGAAGGACGAACAAAUCAGAGUUCUUCAAAAUGACCUGGACACAAAAUCAAAAUCUAUUAAGUCUUUAGAGGGAAGAAUCCAUGAAACUGAAUUUAAAGUGAAGGAACUAAGAGCUGAGCUUUUGAGUAGAACUGAAGAAGUCCAACUUUUUAAGAAUGAAGCAGAACAGGCGUUAGUGGAGAAAGGUCUUUUAAAGAAAGAUUGUGAAGCUGCAGCAAAGGCACAUGAAGAAUUAAAAGAAAGGUUUGCUGAUACUGAGAUCAAAGUGCAAGACCUGGAGGCACAGCUGUUGAGUGAAAGGGAGAAAAAUAAAGAACACAUGGAGCAGCAGAACAAAGAGAUAUCAAUAGAAAAAGAAAGGUAUGGGCAGCUGUUGACCAGCUUCAAUGAUCUUCAGUCUGAGAAAAUAGCCAUUCAACAGAAGUAUGAGAGUGAAAGAACUGCUUGUAAUGACACAGGAGCAAAUAUAAAGGCCACUGAGGAAAGAGCUGAGAAUUUAACAAGAGAAAAUGAGAAACUUCAAGAAAAGAACCAGAUCCUGAGGGAGACUGUGGACUACAUCAAAACUAACAUUCAGGACAAAUGUCAAAAAACUGAAACUCUACAGAAGAAAUUUGAAGAAAAUUGUGAACAUCUGCAGGAGAAAAUCACAGCAAAAGAAAAACAAUUGACAAACGUGGAAACAAAGCUAAAUAACUUGAGGAAAAAAAUCGAGGAUAAACUUAAAGCUCAGAAGGAAUACCAGAAAGAGAAUACAAUACUGAAGAAACAAUUAUCAAAGGAGGGUGUAAAAAGCAGUCACCUUGAAACUGUGGUCAACAGUCUCCAGGAUGAGACCCAGAGUAUGAAGAGAAUGUACGAAGAGAAACAUCAGAAACUGCUGAACGAAUAUGAGAAAAAAGCAAACUUUGCAUCAGAACUGGAGAAUGAGAUGCUAAAGCUGAGAAUCACAGCCGCAGAUGCCGUCAAGGACAAAGAAGAUACAGAGCUCAAGUGUCAGCAAAAGAUUUCAGAUAUGGUCACACUCAUGGAGAAACACAAGAGUCAGUGUGACCGUAUGGUUGAGGAAAAAGAGGCGGAGCUGGAAGCAUUUAGGAAGAGAGAGAUGGAGACUGUUGCCCGGAUAAACUCAAUGGAACUGGAUCUCCUGAAACAUCAGCAGCUGAAGAAACAACUGAAGAUAGAAAGAACAAAGACAGAAAACCUACAGAAACAACUAACAGAUUUAAAGAAAGAAAUGUCAGCUAUGAAGAAGUCUGGAGGAAGAAACAAGCAGUCACCAGAUCAACAAUUCAGAGAGGGAAAACAUCCACAGAGUCAAAAAGAGAGCAAUUUAAAGAGACACAUGUUUGAUUUUUCUGCGGCUAGAAAACCUGCCCCCUACAGCAAAGAUGGUGGAAGUGUUUCAGAUAUGAAGAACAUGGACACUGACAGCAACGUUGCCUCGACCCCAAACUUGACCUGCAGUUUUAGAAACUCAAAGAUCAAAUCCUACAGAGUAAUAACACCACCCUCUGAUGCGACAGUAGCUCCAUGGCUAAAGACCAUCAUUGAUUUGGACCCCAAGUCUGACAACUCUGAGCUGAAUGACUUAUUGAUACAGAGCCCAGUCCAUCACAAAUCACCAGGGAACUUCCUGAAAUUAGCUGCAAUAAAAAGAAUGAGAGAUGCUGGUUGGACUGCAGUCACUGGCUGUGACAAGAAGAAGAAGAAGAAUGAAAAGAUCUUUGCAUAGAUUUGGAUUGUUUACAAGUUACACUGAUUUAUUGAAGUCUGUAUGUAUGAUGACAUAGUUGUGUUCUUUUGGGAGUCUUAUUCCCACCACCUCAAUUAGUUUGUUUAUCCAGUAAGUAAACAAAUGUGGAUUUAUUGUAGCUUAUAGGCUUAAUACCUAACAAAUGUUCAGAGAGUUUUAUUGUCGUUGCAGUAACUGCACUGUGGGUUUGAUAUGUUGGCUGUUCACUGUCAAGUAAUAGAUAGUAGUAAAACAAUGUUGAAAUCA